AUGCAUCAGGACACCUUCCCAAUGUGUGCUGCAGAUAUUGAGGAUCAGCUGAAGAAGCAGUUUGCCUACUUGUCAGGUGGAAGGGGAGAUAAUGGGUGUCCUGUCAUCACUUUCCCAGAAUACCCCGAAUUCAGCGAGAUCCCGGAGACGGAGUUUCAGAAUGUACUGACAUAUCUAACAAGUGUUCCCAGUUUACAAGAUGCGGGAAUUGGAUUUAUCUUAGUCAUUGACCGAAGACUGGACAAAUGGACAUCUGUGAAAGCCUCGAUACUAAGGAUUGCGGCAUCAUUCCCAGGGAACCUGCAGCUUGUCAUUGUUUUGCGUCCUUCAGGAAUCUUCCAUCGCGCCCUGGCAGAUAUUGCCUUGAGAUUCAACAAAGAUGACUUUAAAAUGAAGGUACCGAUCAUAAUGCUGAAUUCAGCCGCAGAAUUACAAAACUACAUUGAGAAGACACAGCUCACAAGAGACCUAGGUGGCACACUGGAUUAUUGCCAUAAAAACUGGCUUUUAAAUCGGACGGCUAUAGAAAGUUUUGCUCUAAUGGUGAAGCAGACUGCACAGACACUGCAAGUUUUUGGAACAGAGUUGGCCGAGACAGAGCUCCCCAAUGAUGUGUCUACAACCAGUGCUCUUCUAGCUGUGCACACUGAGAAGAAAGACAAGAUGAAGGAUGACCUGAAGCUGGCUUUGAAGCAGGGUAGUGACAUCUUGGAGCAAAUUAAGCAACCUGUGAAAGAAACCCCAGAAUACAAGAUGAAUCAAGACCAAAUGGACAACCAGACAACUGUGGAGAGGCUUAUUGUACAGCUUAAUGAAACAGAAACCGCUUUUGAUGAAUUUUGGUCUAAACACCAACUAAAGCUUGAACAGUGCCUGCAACUUCGGCACUUUGAGCUGAAAUUUCGAGAGAUUAAGGCUGCUCUGGACAGUAUCUCUGAGAGGGCAACAACAUACAGAGAUGUGGGGAACAGCUGCUCACAUGUAGAACACAUCCUGAAGGAUCUUUGCAGUUUUGAGGAAAAGUCCCAGGAAGAGAUACAGACUGCACAAGCGUUAGCAAGAGAAGGUGACCAUCUUAUUCUAAGCAAUCACUAUGCAGUUGACUCUAUCCUUCCAAAAUGUAAUGAGCUUCAUCACUUGUGUGGGAGCAUCAGCAGUCACAUCCAGCAGAGAAGGGAAUAUCUUUACAAGUCUUUAGAGCUACAUCGACGCCUAGAGAAGACAAUGGAAUGGUGUGAUGAAGGCAUUUAUCUACUGGCUUCUCAACCAGUGGAUAAGUUCCAGACUCAGGAUGGGGCAGAAUCAGCACUGCAAGAGAUAGAAAGGUUCCUUGAAAGUGGUACUGAAAACAUCAUAAAGGACUUGCCUAUAGUUUUGGCACAGUAUGAAGCAAUUCUCACAGCAGAGUUACAGGAGCAUGUCAAUAAAGUGUUCCAAAAACAGCAAAGUACGCAAGAAAUGUUUGAGAAGCGGAAAGGAAGCCUUAGAAAACUAGCCGCUAAACAGACCCGGCCUGUGCAGCCUGUAGCACCUAGACCAGAAGCCUUUGCCAAAUCCCCCAAUUCCUCUCCAGUUCUCCAAAGGGCCGCAGAGCUCAGAGGUAGUCCUGAAAAUGUUCUUCAAAGAAGGAUGAACUACCGGAGAACAAAGAGUGAGGUGGAUGGUCCAGUCAGGAGUUGUUCAGUGAUGGAAGAUGAAGAAAAUCUGGCUGUACUAAGAAGGCAUGUCAUGAAUGAACUAAUUGAGACAGAAAGAGUAUACGUUGAAGAACUUCUGUCUGUUCUUGAGGGUUAUGCUGCUGAAAUGGAGAGUCCCUUAGUAAUGCACCUGCUUUCUCCAAUGCUUCACAAUAAGAAGGAUGUCUUGUUUGGCAAUAUGGAAGAGAUCUACCACUUUCAUAACAGGUCAGCCUUUUACUACACUUUCUUGACAUUACCCUGACCUUGUAUUGUGAUACACCUUAUCUGGAAUAUGAUGGAAGAUUUCCAGAUAUAUGAGAAGUACUGCCAGAACAAGCCCAGGUCAGAGAGUCUGUGGCGCCAGUGCUCAGAUGCAGCUUUUUUCCAGGAAUGUCAGAGGAAGCUUGAUCAUAAGCUUAGUCUGGACUCUUAUUUACUAAAGCCUGUACAGAGGAUAACGAAGUACCAGCUUUUACUGAAGGAGAUGCUGAAGUACAGUAAGAACUGUGAAGGGGCUGAAGAUCUGCAGGAAGCUUUGGCUUCUAUUCUUGGUAUACUCAAGGCUGUCAAUGACUCAAUGCACCAGAUAGCCAUCACUGGUUAUGAGGGUAACUUGAAUGAUCUUGGGAAACUAUUGAUGCAAGGUUCUUUCAAUGUGUGGACUGAGCAUAAAAAAGGUCAUUCCAAGGUAAAGGACCUAGCAAGGUUUAAACCAAUGCAGAGACACUUGUUUCUCCAUGAGAAGGCCGUGCUGUUCUGCAAGAAGAGGGAAGAGAAUGGGGAGGGCUAUGAGAAGGCCCCCUCUUACAGCUUCAAACAUUCCUUAAAUAUGGCAAAUGUUGGAAUAACUGAGUAUGUAAAAGGGGACAGCAAAAAAUUUGAAAUCUCUUACAAUUUAAGAGAAGAAGUUUACAUUGUUCAGGCUCAAACACCUGAAAUUAAAGCUACCUGGGUAAAUGAAAUUAGAAAGGUGUUGACCAGCCAGCUACAAGCAUGCAUAGAAGCCAGCCAGCACAAAUCAGUUGAGCAGACCAAGAGUUCUCCACUACCCAAACUCAGUCUAGCACCAGUCCUCUGAGAAGUAAAUCGGGAAAGGCUAAAAAGCUGGAAGAAAGAAAAACUGAACCCUUAUUAAGUCCUGAAUCUACUCUAGUGACAUUACCAAAGUACCUUGAGAAAAGUAAAGAUGGCACAGUUACUAGCCCUACCUCAGAAUCUUCUGCAGUUUCAAAAAAGCGCUUCACUUUGCAGGGUUUUCCUAACCUCAAAACUCAGAAAGCUUCCCCUACCAGCCCUGACAAAAAAACUAAACGCCAUGAAGUAAAGAGUGACCCAACUCCAUUUGGUUUAAGAGGUUGGAACAGAACAUCCCAGUCACUGGAUGUCUCGGAAGAAAAUAAUGAUGGAUGGUCCAGUGGGGAAGAUCCAAUUAAUUCUUCUGAUGCGGAGGAAGAAGGUGGAGAAACAGGGGAUAAAAAGUUGUGCCCUGGGAAAUAUACAGUAAUGGCGGAUUAUGGAAAGAGUGGUUCAGAGGAACUUCUAGUGAAAAGUGGAGAUACAGUUCAGCUUAUACGUGAAGAGGAGGAGGGAAUGUGGUUUGUGAAGAAUCUAAGUACCAACAAAGAAGGAAUAGUGCCUGCCAGCAACCUAAUGACUCUCGUUGGGACUUCCAAGUCAGUGCAUUCUCUAAGCAGUUCAGAAUCAGGAACAGCUUCCAGCACUUUAAGCACCUCGUCAAGUUGCAGUGAAAGCUGUAAUGCCAGCAGCACCAGCUUUUCAGAUAUCAAGGGCUGA